UCUGCAGCGUGUAGCGCCCCCCGGCGGCGGCGGCGGGGCAUCGCUGCGACCGCCGACCGGAACGCCCGCCAUGGAGCCGCCGGAGGAGGCGCGAACCCCCCGGGAGCCGCUCCCGGGCUCGCCGGCGGCCUGUGGCUCGCAGACGUGGAGCGAGGAGGCGGCGGCGGCGGCGGCGGCGGUUCAGGGGGGCCCCGCGCCGGACGCGGAGGUGGACGGCGCCGGCGCCGACGGCCUGUGGGAGCUCCCGGUGGAGCCGGCGGAGCGGAGGCCCGAGUGUGGCCGCUGCAGCCGGCCUAUUAAAGUAUGCUUGUGUCCAUUUCUGCCAGUGCAUCCUCUGCACAUCUCUACUCACUUGUACAUAAUUCAGCAUCCAGCAGAGGAAAAUAAAGUGUUGCGGACAGUUCCCCUGCUGGCAGCAUGCCUCCCUCCGGACAAGUGUAAAGUCAAGAUUGGGCGGCGCUUCAGUGAGGAAAGAGAUCCUGAACUUUCAUCUAUUUGUCAGAAGUCUGGUACAUUAAUAUUAUAUCCAGGAGCUGAAGCCGCUAAUUUGGAAGAAUUUAUAUUAGAUUCUCCUAUUUAUCCUUCCACAAUCAUCAUCAUUGAUGGUACCUGGAGCCAGGCUAAGGAUAUUUUCUAUAAGAAUUCCUUGUUUCGACUUCCCCAACAGGUGCAGUUGAAGACCAGUGUUUCUAGUCAGUAUGUGAUUCGGACACAGCCGACCAAUUGGUGCCUUUCCACGCUGGAGUGUGCUGCAGUGGCGCUUUCCAUUUUGGAGAAGAAUAAUUCCAUACAUGAGACUUUGCUUCGUCCUCUUCAAGCUUUAUGCUCUUUUCAACUUCAGCAUGGAGCUCAGAUUCGCCUCAGCAAGGAACAUCUUCUGAAAAAUGGAUUAUAUCCUAAGCCAAUGCCAAAGAACAAACGCAAACUCAGGAAAAUGGAACUGUUAAUGAACAGUGUCAAAAUUUAGUGCAAAUAUUUCUUACAGUGUGAGUUAUAGUGACUUUGGCCGGUGUUGCCAAGUUUUCAUACAGUUUAAGCUUGUGGGUUUUUGACUAUGGGAGUUAUAUACUAACUUGCCCAGAAAAAGAAAUAAACCAAAAGCCAUAAAAACAGACAAUUUUCACUGAUUCAGUAAAAAGUAACUUUAUAUUAUAUUUAUUUUUUUAGAAAAAAUAAGCCUUGAAUGCAUCUUUUCAAAUCUGUAAUUUAAAAAACGAUUAAUUUUUGAGCUGGGUUUGAAGUUCUUAUAUAAUGGAAAGAAAUUGUUGUACCCAAGUAGAACAGUGUUGUUUUUAUUAACAUUUAUACAUCAUUAGUGUAGAUAUAAAGUAGAUAAUACCUACAUCAAUUCAUAAUAUAGUACAUGAACUUUAUAGUUUAAAUAGCUGAUGAAAAUAAUGAUAAUCAAGUAGUUUAGUCUUAACUUAUUUGUUUCAUAAUAAAAUAAGGAAACUGUCCUUUAGGAACAAAACUUGAACUUAGCUAAUGGGAUUUGAAUGUUUGGUUAAUCGCUCUAAUUUUUGAAGAGCUGUGUGUAAUUUUGGAAUAGCACGUUUUAUUUAUAACUACUAUUAAUAAGUUUUGUGGUUUUGGUAUUCAUUAAAUGUGAUAACUCUGAUAAACUACUUAUACUGCAAUAAAAAUAAGUAUAAUACAACAGGAAUAAAUUUUUGAAAAACUAAUUUCUGUAACUGUAGCUAUUUAAAUCUCUUUUUAUAAAUGAGCCCUAAUUUUCAAUUUAAGAAUAAGUUCCCCCUGUAGUGAUCUUGGGAUUAUACUCACUGAAAUUUCUGUACAGAUGAGAUAUGUACAUAAUAUAUAAUUAUAUCUAACUCACAUCUGUUGUAGGUAUUGGCAGUGUUUUGGCAAUAAGAGAUUUUGUUUUGUUCUUUUUUAUAGUGAUUUCUAGAGUUUCCUGUAUCCAGUAUUAAAUUGUAAGGAAAAAUUAAAGAUGCAGUUUUCAAAGUAAUCUUGACAUUUUUAUGUGUAUUUGUGAUGUAUAAGUAAAUACCACUGAAUAUUUUUUAUCUUUUUAAAUUUUUUUCAUUUUCGACCACACCAGGUGUUGCUCAGGACUUCCUCCUGGCUCUGCACUUGGAUCACUCCUGGUGGUGCUCAGGACUUCCUCCUGGCUCUGCACUCAGGGAUCACUCCUGGAGGUGCUCAGAGGACUGUAUGGGGUGUCAGGGAUCGAAUCCAGGUUGGCCUUGUACAAGGCAAACACCCUGCGUGCCGUACUAUCUCUCUGCUGCACCAUUUUCAUUCAUUUCUUUUUUUAAAUUCUUUUUUUAAACUGUAUUAGAUCCUUAUUAAAUACUGUCACAAUUAGAACGUUACAAAUGCUAUGCGAAACUGCAGAAAUAUUUGAAAAUAUUAAACAACACUUUGGUUUCUACUGUUAUUGACUUUUUUGGUACUUCAAUACAUUAAUGCAUUUAUUCAUCAAUUUAUUUGAUUUUUUGACCACAUUUGGCUGUGCUCAGAGCUUCCUCCUGGUUGUAUGCUCAGGGAUCCCUCCGGGCUGGGCUCAGAGGACCAUGUGGACCUAGGGUUGAGCUCAAGUUGGCUGUGUGGAAGGCAAGUAGUGGUCUGCUUGCUGUACUGUUACUCAUUUAUAAUAAAAAAAAACACUUAACAGUUAUCUAGGAAUAACAGAAAACAAUAAUGUAUACUACUGUAUAGUUUUUUUAACAAAUGGGUUAAAUAAUUUUGAGGUAAUUUUUUUCAUGUUAAAAUCAAGCAUUACAAAUUAAUUUUGCCAUUUUUAGAGAAAGUUUCUUUAUAAGGCAACUUUUGCAUCUAAUUUUAUUUUAAUCUGAAUUACUCCUUUAGAAUUUCUCUGUGUUUUGUAAUUAUUGUGGUGGUCCACCUAGGGGUGCUCUCUACUUGGGUGCUAGGGAGAGGGAAGAGGGGACCUGGGGCCACAACUAAAUAAUGGGUAUUUAUAAAAUUAAAAAAUUUAAAUGAAUUUAAUAAAUGUCCUUUAACUAGAUUUUAGAUUUUAGAGUCUUUUUGAACAAUUAAUAAAGUAAUUGUUCUUUAUUAAUUCUGUGUGUUAUAUUGCUACAAAUAAUAUACAUUUGUUCUGUUUUGGGGCCAUACCGUGUAGUGCUCAGGCCUUGCUCCUGGCUCUGUGCUCAGGAAUCACUCCUGGUACUUAGUACUCUGAGGACCACAUGCAAUGCUGGGGAUCUGUCCCAAGUCCUCUGCUUACAGGACAAGCCCCCUACCCACUUACUGUCUCUCCAGCCUCCAAAAUACAUUUUAAAAAAUGGCCCAUAAUUAGAGUAGAGGAGGGACCACUGUGACAACAGUGGUGACAAUAAUAGUGACAAAAUAUGACAGACUUUGACAAAAAGGAUAAUGGCAAAAAAUGACCCCAAAAUAAUGACAAAAUGUAGCCAAAAUGACAAAAAAUGAUUUCAUAGGACAAGAACCAAGUGUUGAAAUAGGUAAAGGGUUAUACACGAUAAUCUUUCAGAAUCUGUAUUAUAAACCAUAAUGCCCAAAAAGA